UUUUUAAACAUUUUUACCUUCAUGCUUUUUAAUUGUAAUGGAUACUUGAUAGCAAAUGAAUAAUCUAAACACGAAGUUUUCCUAAGUGCAAGCCACUUGGGUUUGACCAUAAAUGUAAAAUCAAAUCUACCUAAAUAGAUGACAAGUACAGAUUCCUAAAUAGCUUUCAUUCCGCGUGGGACUAUAGACAGCGUACUAACAUGGUUUCGCUCAGUAAACGAAGGUAUUUUCAUCUCUAAUUAUGAGUGAACAAAACAGGAACGAUGGACUUAGAAAGCAUUGACAGAAACAUUAAGGUUACUAUUGACAUUGACUUACUAAAUUUACAGAAUUUGGAGCGCCUUCUCCGUGGGAAAGUACUGUUCCAAAGAAAGCCCUGUUUUAAAAGAAUCAAUGGUAUAGCCAACAAUAUUUGUAUCUGAUAAUUAUCAUCCUAGUUUUAUUACAGAUAGAAGGAACCAAUAACUAUAUGGUCGAGAAGAUGGCAUACCUUCCCCAUGUGUCAUCAGACAAUUCUAAUUUUACACGUUUUGUAUAAAAACUCAUAUAAUCACAAGGAAUAAAUAAAGUAGGAAUAGAUGAUUCUAAACAAUCUAAGGGAUCAUCCUCAUCCAAAUAUAAUCUAAUUGGAGGAGAUUUCAUGUGACGGUAAUUCCUUGUCUAUACUACUUGAAUACUGCCCUGGAGGUGACUUUCUUAAGCAUUUGAAUCAAAAUAACUAUAAUAUCGACCAUCAAUUGGUGAUGAAAAAAUUAUUAAGUGGUAUUUAUAAAAAAAAGUCCAUUAUUUAGUUGUUUAGCAUCUUCAUUAACUGGAUAUACUGCAUCGAGAUAUCAAGCUUUAGAAUGUCUUACUUAGAAUACCAAACGAUAUCAGCAGUCUAGUAUUGGCAGACUUCGGGUUGGCAUGUCACAAAAGUUAAAUCCCUUAUUAUAAUACAAGGUAUUAUAAUAAAACUACAAUAUCCAUAGAUGUGGAACACCAGGUUACACAGCUCCUGAAGUGUUCACAUAAAACAUAUAUGAUACCAAGGUUGACAUAUUUAGCUGUGGUGUAAUGUUCUUUAAUUUGUAAAUCCUAUAUUAAUUCUAGAUUGACAUUAAAGAAUCCUUUUGGGUCUUCCAAAAACCCUUAAACAUUGCUUUUGAAGAAUAUCUCUGCAGACUAUGAUCUAACUCAUUUGGAACUCAUAAAAACUAAAAUUCCUUAAGCUUAUGAUUUAGUUCUAUUGAUGCUUCAAAAGGAUCCAAAAUUACGACCUACUGCUACGCAAUGCUUAUAGCAUCCUUACUUCUAGCAAACAAUAUUUGAACAAAAAGAAGAUUCUACUUUAGAUAAUAUCUAGUAUAUCUUUAUAAUUACAUUGUAGAUUCAAUAAUCCUGUUCAUCAAGCAGUGAAAGUAAACUAAACUAAGCCUCACCAAAUGCCUUAGUUUAAAUGA